AUGGCGUCCAAGUGCGUUCACAAGGGCUGCGGCAAAGAGUUCACCGACGCCGACGAGCAAUGCGUGUACCAUCCUGGUCCUCCUGUUUUUCACGAAGGUCAAAAGGGCUGGAAAUGCUGCAAACCCCGCGUUCUCACAUUCGAGGAGUUUCUUGAGAUCCCACCAUGCACCACCGGCAAGCACUCGACGGUGGACGAUACACCCGUCGAGCCGAAGAAGGAAGAUACAGUCCCUACACUCCCUGACCAGGCCGCUGUUGCUCAGCAGUCGCAGCCACCCGCUCCAGCUCUCCCGCGGUCUGCGAUCUCGCCCGCCAUUGCCCCGCCCAGCACCGCCGCCCCCGUCGCUGAAGAAUCAGAGUCCGACGACCCCUCGCUCGAGAUCUCGGCCAAUACCACCUGUCGUCGCCGGGGAUGCAAUGCCGGCUACAACCCAUCUGCGUCUCGCGACGAGGAGAAAUGCGUCCACCACCCUGGACAGCCGAUCUUCCACGAGGGGAGCAAGGGGUGGUCGUGCUGCAAGAAGCGGGUGUUGGAGUUUGACGAGUUUUUGAAGAUCCAGGGUUGCAAGGAGAAGAAGAAGCAUCUUUUCAUCGGGAAGGGAAAGCCUCCCGGUGAGGAGAAGGUCGAGACCGUCAGGAAUGACUUCUACCAAACCCCCUCGACAGUGAACGUUUCGCUAUACCUGAAGAAGAUUGACAAGGACAAUGCCAAAGUCAACUUCGCACCCACAUCGGUCGAGUUCGACCUGCCGACCACGGACAACAAACGGUACAAGGAUACGUACCCCCUGUUUGCGCCAAUUGAUCCCGAGCAAUCGUCUUUCCGGGUUCUGGGCACUAAGCUGGAGCUCAAGCUGGCCAAGGCCGAUGGGACAAGCUGGCCGGUGCUUCGGAGUGAUGAUAAGUGGACGGGAGAGAGGAUUCAGAUCGGGCAAGCCGGGAGGGCCUGA